UCACCCAAUUCUAAUUCCUUUUUUAAAAAUUUAUUAUUUUUAGAGAUGAGGUCUUGCUAGCUUGCCUAGGCUGGUCUCAAGGUUCUGGCCUCAAGCAAUCCUCCCACCUUACUCUCCUGAGUGGCUGCAACCACGGGUGCACACCACAAUGCCCAGCUAAUUAAAAAAAAAAAAAAUUGUAGGGGCAGGGUCUUGCUAUGUUGCCCAGGCUGGUCUCAAACCCUAGCACCAAGCAAUCCUCCUGCUUUAGCCUCCCCUGUAGCUGGAAUUACAGGUGAAAGCUACCAUACCUGGCACCUCUAAUCUCUAUCACGUUUACUCUAGGCAUACCAUAACCACUGCCAUGUUCACCCAUCUCUCUGUCUCCUUUCCUUUUGGCUUUCUGGUUCCUACCCAACAACUGACCAGGCCAUAUGCCUCAAGAACUCUUCUUGCCUAGCCCUGCGGUAGUUUCAACCUCCCUCUUCUACCAACUGAAGUCAUCCCUUUACCAUUCAUUUAAUUCUCUGUGUUUCCAUUUAUAGGAUCUUACCUAGCCAUAUGGCCUGCUGCCUCUGCCAAUUUAAAAAUAAUAUUGAGGUUGUCUGCAAGACAGUGAAGCUACAUUGCGAUGCAUGUAUAGGAAACAGCACAGAAGAUUGUUUUGAGGAAGCAAGUGUAGGAAAUGCGGAGGGAGCGCUCAUGAAGGUAUUAGAAGCCCGGAAGAAGCACACGAGCACCGAGCUGACCAUUGAGCCAGAGGUAUCCGCAAAUAAAAAUGGCGUCGGCUUGUCAGGCUUCAUGAGCGACAAGAUGGACUUCAAUGAUGAAAGCGAUGUCAUUAGUGCACUUAAUUACAUAUUGCCUUAUUUCUCAGAGGGAAAUCUAGAAGAUGUAGAAUCAACAUUAUUACCAUUCAUUAAACUGCUUUUCUCAAAUGUGCAGGAAGGAGAGAAGCCCCUAAGUCAUAUGAAAAACAAUACAAAGGCUCAGCCUCUUGAACCUGGACCCAGCAAUUCAGCUUACAAAAAUAAACUGAGGAAGCUCUAUUUCCUGGAAAAUUUGUUAGAUGCAGAAAUUCAAGAAAAAAUCGAUGAGGUUAAAAAGAAAGAAAAAACUGCCAUGCUUAUGCAGUCUGGCCUUUUAGGUCCCAAACUUAAACGCCAAAUCUUUCCCAAAAAAGUGGCAACUGCUGAAUCACAGGAAAAUAGCCUGACAGAGAGUGAGAGUGGAGACAGGGGGCUGAAGAAAGUGAAGCUAUUCCUCAAAGGGCCCAAGCGCCUACGGAGAAAGCUCUUACAGGAGGCAAGAAUCAAGAGGAAACAGGGUACCUGGCCGACAGCGAAGAAAGUGGCUGAAGAAAGAACUCUUGGGAAACCAAUCCCGAGUGAAAUGACACAGUUUGACGUGGUGCAGAGGCCUCGGAAGUUUGUGGGAAGCUCCUUCCACGCCGAGCCUUCCUUCACGAAGACGCACAAGGCUGCGGUCUCUUCUUUCUUCAAACAGUAUAUUGGCAUGCAUUCUACUUCUGCCACCUCAAAAUCCCUAUCUGAGGUUAAAAAACAAUCAAAAGACAUGAGCGACACCAUUUUUGUUUUAGAAGAUGCAAAUGCUAGAGUUAAAAGUAUGGAAGCUGGUAAACCAAUUGUACAUUCUAGAAGAAAAUACUGCUUUCAUAAACCUCAUUCCCAUGUGGCCCACAGAACACCUGCGGCCAAACUAAGUCAAAAGUUUAGAAAAGAAACAGUGUUCCAUGGACAGAUGCCUGUAAACCGGCCUCCAUUCUCUGCAGUAAGGAGCCUUAUAAAUUCCCCAUCAUAUGGGGUUUUUCCACCUUCAGAAGAGCUGAGUCCUCAGGAGAAUCCUUUUCCAGAAUCACUUGCUCCUUCAGAAUCUGUUACAGAAAUCACUACUGUAUCCCCUCUAGGAAAUGGUAUUGAAGAAAACAGUUGUAUGGAAAACACUGUUAUACCUGAAGAAACUAUCUCUGAAAGUACAAAUGAUAAGAAUCCUUCCCCUAUAGAUUCCACUGGGAUGGCGUUCUUAAUACCGACUGUUAAACAAAUCAGUGAAACUCUGUGGGAAUACCACAACACGGGCACUGACUUACCCAACAUGGAAAAAAGCUUCACUUACCCAUUGCUCGUGUCCCCGGGUGAUCAAUUUGAAAUGCAGCUAAACCAGCAGCUCCGAUCCCUCAUCCCCAACAACGACGUGAGAAGGCUCAUUUCUCACGUUAUCCGGACUUUGAAAAUGGACUGCUCUGAGACCCAUGUGCAACUGGCCUGUGCCAAGCUCAUCUCUAGAACAGGUCUCCUGAUGAAGCUUCUGAGUGAGCAGCAAGAAGUAAAAGUAUCCAAGGCAGAAUGGGAUACGGAUCAGUGGAAGAGUGAGAACUACAUCAAGGAGAGCACAGAAGCCCAGGCUGAACAGAAAGAGCAGGAGUCAAGUGAGCUCACUAAAGGAGUUCCAGGAUAUGGCUAUAACAACAAACUCAUCUUGGCGAUAUCUGUGACUGUAAUAGUGAUGAUUUUGAUUAUAAUUUUCUGUCUUAUUGAGAUUUAUUCUCAUAGAAGAGCAGCAAGGACAGAUGUAGAAUCAGGCUCAGUCCCAAGGAGGGGCUUUUUUGACUUUCUGCAUAGGAGAUGCUCAUCGCAGAGUGAAAGCCAGGAGGGCUUUUUCUGGUUAAGGAGUCCACUUUGGCUGAGGGAUAUGUACAGACCUCUCAAUGCCACACGCAAGAAAAACAUGGCCCAGAAGCUUCACGACAAGGAGUCUUCUGAUGAGGAAGAGAUUUACAAGAAGGAUGCAGGGGAGCGCAUAUCAACAGCAACACCUGUGGAUUCGGCUGCUGAAGGUGGUGAGGAAAGUGAGACCGCGCCAGAAGGGGAGGACGAAGAGUGAUCCAGCCUGCCUAAGGCCGCCUGCAAACUGUACUUUCUAAUGUUGGCAUCUCCGUAUUGCUUGUAAGAUACAUAUUUUUCACACACAAAAAAAUGUAUACAAUCUAUUGUCAAUUCCAGCCAGCUGGUAAGAAACUUAAACAUUAAUAGUUAAAUAUUUAUACAUGCAAAACAAGGGCCAGAGAAAAGAAAAGCAGGACUGAAGCCAGAGACUGUCAAGCUGGCCAACACCUCCACGAGCGGCAUUGUGGGCAGAGGACGCACGGGGGCUCCCCCACAUCAUUUCCCAGUCCAGUCAGUCUCUGGGAAGCUGAAAAUAUAUCAUCCUGGAGAGAGGGAGCCAAUUUUUAAAUCAAAUACAGUUGUUCUGGGGCUCUCUCCCCUGGUCCAUUAAGAACCAGUCGUUUACAACAUACUUGACCUCUUGCCCUGAGGGGACCUUCCACCUGCUGCCACCUCUCAGAGGGUGGGUGGGGUUGCCAGAAAUGUUUGGAUCACUAAGCCGACCUGCACUGUUGUGUCAAGUCCUGUCUUUUCUCCCAUGCUCCCAAAUGCAUGCGUGAAUGUGUGUCCUUUACCCUUUAAAGCUGGUGGAAAAUUCAAAAAAAUUUUUUUGUUGUUUUUUUCUUUUUAAAAAUCUCAACCCUUGGAUAGCUACUAGGAAGGUGCUGGAAGGGUAAGGUACAGAAGAAUGUGUGAGAGCAGUAAUUUCCCAAGACUGCCCUCCUUGAGUGUUUAUGUGUUGUUGGGGCUGUUACUCCAUUCACAUGUUCUGUCCUAGCGUCUCCUGACCCCUCUGCACGCCCAGCAUCACCCUGCGCCAAAUCUACCCACUUUCUGCCUCACCCAAGGCAGAUCAUGGCUGCAUUGUUCCAAGUAAUAACAGAGUGCCAUUUUGCAGAAGAUGCAAGGGUUCUUCUACUCCAUCUUUAAAAAGUCAUUAAUAAAUCACUUCAUAAUAAGUUGGUGAGACUUAAACACAUUAGUGAGUAAAAGAAAAUCUGAAUGAACAAGAAUUGGCAGUGUACUUAACUGACCACAAAUGAAUGUUGGCAGUGCAGUCGUAAGAGAUGAAGAGCAGUGUGUACCACAGGACAACACACCAACCCCUGGAGAAGUCACACCGCUGAGGAACAGCCCAGUGUGUGUGCUGGAGAGGGCUCUGGGCAAAUUGAACACCCCUCAGCUCCCCACCUGGCCAAUCCGUUCACCAACGCUGGACAAGAGAGACAUCUGUUCUCUCUCACUCUUUUUCUAUUUUUAGUAGAGAUGGAGUCUCACUCUUGCUCAGGCUGGUAUUGAACUCCUGAGCUCAAGCAGUCAACCAGCCUUGGCCUCCCAGAGUGCUAGAAUUAUAGGCAUGAGCCACCACACCUGGCCGUACUUGUUCUAUUGAUGCUUGCCCUAGUGACCUCCAAAAGUUCCUUAUCAAGAAUGAAAAACAAGUGUCUUUCUCUGUGUGUUGACUUUGGUGAGCCAUCAAACACUUACUGAAGGCCAGGCAUGGUGGCUCACACCUAUAAUUCCAAUACUUUGAGAGGUCAAGGUGGGAGGAUGGCUUGAGGCCAAGAAUUCACAGUGAGACCCUGUCUCUACAAAAUAUUUUUAAAAUUAUAGGCUGCGCACCUGCAGUCCUUGUACUCUGGGAGGGUGAGGUAGGAGAGUCUCUUGAGCUCGGGAGUUCAAGACCAGCCUGAGAAAGAGACCCUUUAGUAGAGACCCUGCUAAAAAAUAGAAAAAACUAGCCAGGCAUUGUGUAGGGUGCCUGUAGUCCCAGCCACUUGGGAGGCUGAGGCAAGAGGAUCCCCUGAGCCCAAGAGUUUAAGGUUGCUGUGAGCUAUGAUCACACCACUGCACUCCAGCCUGGGUGACAAGAGUGAGACCCUAUCUCAACAAAAAAAAAAGUUUACUAAGUUUAAAGCACAAGACUAAAUAGUAAUAAUCACAGGAAGCAGAAGGAGCAGAACCGUUUAUGAUUUGCUUACUUGGUGGCAAGCCCUGGGUUAGGCAUUUUACAGCCUUAGGUCAUUUAGCCCAACAAUCCAUGGGACCAUCAACAUUGACAGAUUAAAAAAUGGCUCCAAGAAAGUAGGUAACCUGCCCACGUGCCCAAGGCCACACAUCCAAAACUACCCGUUAGGAUUUUAACCCAAGCCUCUUAACCAUUACUCUUCUGUGCUGUAGGGUCUAGGGCAGGUGUCCUCAAACUUUUUAAACAGGGGGCCAAUUCACUUUCGCUCAGAUGGUUGGAGGGCCAGACUAUAGUUUAAACAAACAAACAAAAAAAAAACUGAACAAAUUCCUAUGCACACUGCACAUAUCUUAUUUUGAAGUACAAAAACAAAACGGGGACAAAUACAAUCACACCGCUUCUUGUGGCCCGCGGGCCGCAGGUUGAGGACACCUGGUCUAGGGAGAUAGAGAAGUAGAACCCGUUCUUGCCAGUGAAGAGUCAACAAUGACAAUAAUACUGGGGAUGAUGGCUGCUACGGUUUAUUAGGCACCAGCUUGGGCCAGCAUAAUACGAAGCUCUUUAGUUACACUGUUAAGUCACAAGGACCAAAACGCCACAUGCCAGCUCAAACUCUGCAAGGGAGUGGGGUGUUAUGAGUGUUGGACAUAAACAGGAAGCUAACAGUAAACCAAGACUAGAGAUCUUGUACUGCUGGGCCUCCCAGACUCUGGGCCAGGAUUCCAGGCAAAUCCAGGUUCCUAUUUUGUCAUAAUUACGUUAUUUCCAAUUUGGUGCACAAAGUGAGACUUAUGUAAAACACUAUCUCAACUUUGUACAAUACUUGUUAAUCUCAAAUGCUACCGUACUGUACUUCUAUUUUUUUGUUUUAGAGAUAGAGUCUCACUUUGUCACCCUUGGUAGAGUACCAUGGCAUCACAGCUCACAGCAACCUCCAGGUCUUGGGCUUAGGCGAUUCUCUUGCCUCAGCCUCCCGAGUAGCUGGGACUAUAGGCACCCGCCACAAUGCUCGGCUAUUUUUUUGUUGCAGUUUGGCUGGGGCCGGGUUCAAACCCACCACCCUCUGUAUAUGGGGCUGGCACACCCCCUACUGUAUUUCUAAAUUAAAACUGCCCAAAGUGAGAUUCUACUUUGCCCAGCUCUUCAGUGAGACCUGAGAGGUAGAGAGAGGGGGACACAAGGCCAACAGCUACUAAAUGAAUGAAAAUUCUCACUGAUUCCUAUGAAAACUGUCAGAAAAAUGAGAAAUUUUAUAACAGAUGAAGAAAUGAGGCAACAUAUGAUUAGAGCAAAAAUAAUACUGAAAAGAAAUGUAGCGGUUCAGAAAAAAGAAGGUUACAUGGCCUAGGGAAAAUCCUUGAAGAAAAUGGAAUUUUGCUGGAGGAUCCGUCUUUAGGUAGUUCACUCACUCACACACUGGUGAGUUCUCGGAGGCUUCAGUUCCUCCCCCAACAGGCCUGUGCACACGCUAUUUGAUUGAAGGUUCUCAUGACUUGGUGGGCCUCCUCCAGAGUGAGUGGUCUAAGAGACAGAGACAGAGCCAGGCAGAAGUUAACCUUUUCAUUACCUAGCCUCAGAAGACCUCUGCCACAUAACAUGAAUAGAGGUCAGUCACUAAAUGCAGCCUACAUUCAAGGGGAGGGAAUUUAGACUUCACCUUUCGAAGAAAGAAGAAUCAAAGAACUUGUGGACUAUAUUAAAACUACUUGCAUAUACAAAAAAAGCAAAAAAAAGAAAUGGAAGAUAAAGUAUCCAAUGUACUCAGCCCUACUAUGAAACUAAUUUAUGGCUUUCACAUGAAAGCUAUAACCCAGUUAUAACCUAAGAAUGGGGGAAAGGGAGGGGAGGGAGGGGGGAGGGGGGUGGAGGGAGGAUGAUUGGUGGGAUUACACCUGCGGUGCAUCUUACAAAGGUAUAUGUGAAAUUUAGUAAAUGUAGAAUGAAAUUGUCUUAACACAAUAACUAAGAAAAUGCCAGGAAGGCUAUGUUAACCAGUGUGAUGAAAAUGUGUCAAACGGUCUAUAAAACCAGUGUAUGGUGCCCCAUGGUCGCAAUAAUGUACACAACUAUGAUUUAAUACAAAAAAAAUAGAGUAGAUGGAUGUGGCUGUUUGACAAGCAUGGAGGAAGCUUCUUCUGCCCCACCCUCCUUCAUGGACCAAGGAAGGAAGAGAAGAGCAGCGAGAACAAGUCUUUGGCUCUCCAGGUAAUGGUAUAUGAAAGCAAUAAGAAAUAAUCAAUCUCCAAAGAUGAAAUAGUAAAAUACAUGCUACAUAGGAUUAAAGAAUGGAGUCCAUCUGUCACUGGGCUUUAGCCCAUUUUGCAGCCUACCAAGUCCCACCACCCUCCUGACACCCGCCCAGCCUCUGUCACCCUCCACACACCCACACGUGCUACUGCUGCAUUUAUCAUGAUGGAAGUAGGAGUCAUGAGUGUUCUUGAGUUAGGAUCAGGGUUGAUAGUGUAAAUGUUCCACUUAUUACGAGGAUGGAUAGUAGGAUGAUGGCCAGGGUUACUUCAUAUGAGUUAGUUUGUGCUACCGCUUGUAGUGCUCCAAUUAGUGCGUAUUUUGAGUUUGAUGCUCAUCCCGAUCACAGGAUUGAGUAUACAGCUAGGCUGGAUGUGGCUAGGAUAAAUAGUACGCCCAGGUUGAUGUUGAUCAGUGGGUAUGGGAUUGGUAGUGGGGUUCAUAUGAUAAGGGCAAUGGAUAAAGCUAGGGUUGGGGCAAUUACAUAUAGUAGGGAUGAGGAUGUUAGGGGUUGUAGGGGUUCUUUGAUAAAUAGUUUUAUUGCAUCGGCAGAUGGUCGGAGGAGGCCGUUUGGGGCAACAACGUUGGGUCCUUUACGAAGUUGUAUGUAGCACAAGAUAUUUCAUGCAGGGUGUUGUCUUUUCAAUUGUGGAUAUUAUACUGGGAUUGAUCCAUGUCUCUACUGUUUAUGCAUUCAUACCUUCUUGCUAUAAAUAAAAGGUACUGUUUCCCUGUAACUUAGAAAAUUACAUAAUCUGAUAUCCUAAUGUUAGUUUAAUUCAUAACUUCCCAAACAAAUUAAGUUUAUCUUACAGAAAUAAAUAGAAAACUAUUUAAAAAUUGAUCUGGGGUCAGGCACACUGGCUCACACCUAUAAUCCUAGCACUUUGGGAGGCUGAGGUGGGUGGACUGUUUGAGCUUGUGAGUUUGAGAACUGACUGAGCAAGAGCAAGAACCCUCUUUACUAAAAAUAGAAAAACUAACUAGCUAGCCAUGGUGGUAGAAGCCUAUAGUCCAAGCUACUCUGGAAGCUGAGGCAAGAGGAUCACUUGAGUCCGAAAGUUGAAGUUGCUAUAAGCUAUGACACCACAGCACUCUACCCAAGGUGAUACAAUGAGACUCUGUCUCCAAAAAAUUAUUGUUAUUAUUAUUAUAAAAUAAAAAUUAAUCUGGGAGCUUAAAACAUAUUAACAGUAAAAGAAAUAUAAGCCUGAGACCAAAAGAGUAUGAAUAUGAU